ACUGCGACGGGCAGUCAGUACCGGUCCAGCGACCGAUUUGGAGGGCUGUUCGAUUCUUCUUGCGGACGCGAGGAGGGAAGCGCCGAGCGAGCGACGCGAGUUGUCUUGGUCGAAGAGAGUCAGCGCGAGAGAUCGCAAUGCGGACGAAGCUGCAGCUGCUGUUGGUCGCGCUGCUCUUGGCAGUGCUGAUAGUGGACACUGCAUCUGCCCAGCAGCGCAGACGGAAAUAUCGACGUCGAAGGACCACGACAGAGGCACCCGUGCAGGAUGAGAUCAUGAACAUGCUGGAAGCUGACGAAAUGGCCGAGGAGGCGGCGUCGGCUGACGCUGAGCUCACUCUCGAAAAUGGCAGAAACGAGGUUGGAUCGAAGCAGCAGCGUUUGCUCCUGGCGGACCCGUGCACGGAUAAACACUGCGGCGCUGGUCGCGUUUGCAAGAGUACGGAGGAGGGUACGGCCGAGUGCGUUUGCGUGGAAGUCUGCAACCAGGAGGUCGAUCCCCGUCGCAAAGUGUGCAACAACUACAACGAGACCUUCGGCAGCGACUGCGAGGUCUAUCAGGCGCGUUGCUUCUGUGACACUGGUGACGCCAGGUGCAGAGGCUCUGAUUAUCAGCACGUCCACAUUGUGUAUUACGGCGAGUGCCGACAGAUACCUGCCUGCCAGGAGGAUGAUAUGGCCGAUUUCCCCAGACGAAUGCGCGACUGGUUGUUCAACAUCAUGCGCGACUUGGCGGAUCGUCAGGAGCUGCCGUCGCAUUAUCUGAAGAUGCAGCGCGAAGCCGAGACGAAUCACACGUUGCGCUGGGCGAACGCGGCCAUCUGGAAGUGGUGCGAUCUGGAUGGCCACCCGCACGACCGAGCUGUGUCCCGUCACGAGCUCUUUCCAAUCAGGGCGCCUUUGAUGGCGCUCGAACACUGUAUUGCCCCCUUCUUGGAUUCCUGCGACGCUGAUAACGAUCAUAAGAUCACGCUGAUCGAGUGGGGCAAGUGCCUGGAGCUCGACGAGGACGACAUAGACGACAAGUGCGACGAGCUGGUGGAGGCGCAGCACGAGCACUAUUAGAAACGCUUCCACUUCCUCGACGACGGGCGCGAUCAGGACGGAACGACGGAACAAUAAGCAGGACGACAAACGGUCGAGGGCGCAAAGGACCGGGCAGGUGACGCGCAGAGCGGAGGGAGAGAGGGAGGGCAGAGCGAUACACGACGGGCCGAGUAAAAAUGGCGGGAAAAAUCGUGGCCUGGCGCUCGCAUCGACGCGGCCAACGCGCAGGCUCGGCGCGCAUCGACGAGUCGAUACCGCGUCGCGCGCGAGAGAGGCAUCUCUCCGGUGCGCCUUCGGUAUACGUGCCAACAACAAGCCAGUGCCGCCGACUUAGGGCCGCCGCGCCUCAAUAAUCCAAGCUCUCUCGUCGCCGGCGAGCUACUCGCGAUCACGGCGAAGCCGGUGCCCGGUGACAGAGCCACGGAUUCGAGCACGCGAGUCGGCUGUAUUUUCGAACAUUCGCGUCGCCCACGACGUCUCGAUACUUAUGAUCGCGCGAUUCGAUUAAUUUGAAUUCGAGUAGAAUACGCGUUUGCCCGUGGAGUAGGAUUCGCCGGAAAAUCGCACGACGUACACGUGCGAGGGAAACUGUUCGAGGAGCCUGCGAAAUCUCGCGAAUAUUCGUGCGAUUAGAAAAGCAGAGAGAGAGAAACGAACGCAUUCGAAAAGAGUCUGGCGGAUUCUACGUGAACGCGAAACCGCAAGUAUGUAUCAUCUACUGAGAUAUUUAUGUUCCGAUUUCGCGGUCAUCUCGCAGGUACUACACGUGAAUCGUUCAUUUUGUCGUCCUACGAUGAUAUGUGUAUUCUACGUGGAAAUUGAUUCUUUUUCUUUUUUCCGAGAGAGAACCCAGGUGGAACGGAAAAUGAUGACAGUGUUAAAAUGACGUCAAGAUGAUGAAAAAAAAAAUGAUCGAAGAAUAAGUUUACGUAGUCGUUUUCUCGUCAUUUCGAUAUAUACGAUCAUUCUCGCGUUAUCUUCUGUUCCACCUGAGGUCGUGCACACACUGCGUUAUGUGUAUAUGCCUUACCGCUGCAAUUAGAGUUGCAACUUUUUCACCUUAUGUGCAUGCUAAGGCUGAAAAUCGCAAUACUCUCAAUUUAGGAAACGGCAAGGCGUACUUGAUGCAGUUUAUACUCGUUCGGAGGUAUACUUCGCUCGCGAAGUUACGUCGAAUGCAUGGAAGAUUCGAUAGAAAGAUGUCCCGUUCGCGCCCGUUCAUAGCAUAAAUUCUCGCGUUUCCCGAUUCGCCACGCACGCAUUUUCUGCGCGCAAUCUUUUGUAUGAAAUCACUGCCUCGUUUUUUCAGCCAAUAAAGAGAAAUAAUGCUGUUAUUUCGAGCCAGUUUACUUUUUCACGAAAAAAAGUGGGGGAAAAAUGCAUCACGAUAUUCAUCCAUCCCCCCACCGGCGAUUUCAUUCUUCACCCUCGUUUAAUUGUGCUAUUUUCCACUGUCUCCUUUCGUUGCACGCCAGAAACGAACGUAGUGCAGUUCGUUAUUAUUAUCGGAAUUAAUUAUCGAAAACUGCGGAAUGUAACAGCCACGCACGCGCUAUUUUAUGUAUCCUGAUUUAUUAUUUGCGCGAAAUUGAAAUAUAUUCGUUGAAAAUCAA